AUGUCUGACUUUACAGAGGCUAUUAAAGGACUUGAGACGAGCGGUGACACCAGGACUAUCAGGAAACCGCCGCACAGCAACAUGAGGGUGACAGAAGUGGACGAGUUCCUGAGAAAUCCUCCGGCAGGGUUCUCCGUGGAGGUCCUCCACUCGGGUUACCGAGUCCACAGCAACCCGGACGACAGCCUGGUGCUCAUCGAUGACCUGAACUCCGCAAGACAGAGAAUCAUUUUCCAGAAGUCUCUGGGAAGGAAGGUGAAAAUGCACAAUUUAUGGGAGUACACCAGCAUAAGAAAUAGUCUUCUAUCCAAGACGAUCUAUCUGCUGAUGUCUGCCUACGAAGGGAACGUUUCUGGGACCAAAAAAAAGAAAUCCAGAGUGCUGAUGCAGUUUGUGGUGUCCAUAGACUGCUGCGAUCCGUUCGUCAAGUGGCAGCUGGAGAGAGGCCUGGACCAGGCCAUCUCCUCUGUUGCUGGGGAAAGCUACAAAGUGGAAAUUGAUUUGACUGAAUCACUGGAAAGCUGGGCUGCAAUAAACAGCCACCUCUUAACUGACAAUCGGAUGCCAGUCAAACCUGUUUGGAGAGACUUCUCCUUCACCCUCAAAUACUAUUCGGAUGCAUUCUUUGACUUUGCACACUGGUUUGGGCUCAGUAAAAGAAAAUUUGAUUUGAGAGUGACGUGAGACCACAGUGGAUGGAGAGCAAGACAAAAUGGAUUUGAUCCACUAGUUUUUGAUGUGGAGUCGGGGUCUGAUUCCUCCAGAAAGUUUCUUUAUCAACAGACGCAUGGUUGUAAACUGCCAGGUGAAGAACCAGCUUACCUCUUAGGACUGCACUAUCCUUAUAAUUGCUGUUUGGUUCAGAGGGUGGACAAGACUGACCAAAAAAUUCUGAAUGCAAUGAAGAUUAUUUUUGAAUAUUUUGUGUCUAUAUUUUAAUAUUUUAAAUGUAGGUGUUUUGGAUUGUAAAUAUACUGCACUUUACUGUUGUAUAAAGGGUCAAAUAGUUGCUGCUGCAGAAUAAAAUGUUUAUAGACUUUUAAACCAAA